AUGGGCGAACCACAAAAUCUUCAGCGUUGGAGGAAGAUGAAGAACUUGUUCCUCCUGCUCACGCUAACAAUGAUGCCACUUCCUGCAUCUUCACUAAGAAAUCCCCGAAGGGCCUUCUCCAACACCACACAGGCCCGCAAGGCAAAGCGGCAGAUUGAUUUCUGGGGGGGCUGGGGAGAAUGGAGCGAGUGCAGUCGGAGCUGUGGUGGGGGCAUCAGCUUUCGGCAGCGGCGUUGCUACUCGCAAAGGACAGAUGGUGGGUCUAACUGUAUUGGACCAACUCGAAACUAUCGCUUGUGCAAUAUUCAGAGCUGCCCUGAGGGCUCCAGAGACUUCCGAGCAGAGCAGUGUGCUGAGUUUGAUGGGACAGAAUUCCAAGGAAAGAGAUACAAGUGGCUGCCUUAUUAUGGAGCUCCCAAUAAAUGCGAGUUAAACUGUAUUCCCAAGGGAGAGAACUUCUACUACAGGCACAAGGAAGCAGUGGCUGAUGGGACGCCCUGUGAGCCAGGCAAACGGGAUGUUUGUGUCGAGGGAGUCUGCCAAGCUGUUGGCUGUGACAACAUGCUCAAUUCUGCCAAGAAGGAAGAUAAGUGCCUGCAGUGUGGAGGGGAUGGCAGGGCCUGUUACGACGUGAAGGGCACUUUUGAUGUGCUCAGCCUCCCCAAAGGUUACAAUCAAAUCUUCAUCAUUCCCAUGGGAGCCACAAGCCUUCGCAUUAAGGAAGUUAUGCCCAGCAGGAACUUCCUGGCCAUCAAGAAUGUGCAGGGGGAAUACUAUCUGAAUGGGCACUGGACGAUUGACUUCAGCCGAGACCUGCAUAUCGCUAGCACAGUUGUGCACUACGAUCGAGGCUCUGAAGGGGACCUGGCCCCUGAGCUGCUUCACUCCAGGGGUCCCACCACUGAGCCCUUAGUCAUUGAGCUCAUCAGCCAGGAGCCAAACCAGGGGGUGCAGUAUGAAUACUACCUGCCCGUGCAAGGGUACAGCUCGGGCUACAGCUGGAGCUAUGGCUCUUGGAGUGAUUGCAGCUCUGAGUGCGGCGGAGGUUACCAAUCACGCCUGGUGUUCUGCACCAUAGACAAUGAAGCUUAUCCAGACUAUAUGUGCAGGGACAAACCAAAGCCAGCCAAUAACCGGACAUGUGGUCUUCAAGCCUGUCCCCAGACAAAACGGAUAUCUUACAUCUAUCUGCCGGGAGUGUGGAGCCACAGCGGAGCCUGGAGCUCUCAAAUGAAGAGUCUUGGCCUUCACAACAUCCUCUGGCAAGGAGUUCCACAGGUUGACUGUGCAUUCUGGAAAACCGGGGAGUGGGGAGCCUGCUCAGCCACCUGCGGGGGAGGUACCCAAACUCGCUCAGUUUACUGCAUGUCAAACAAUGGACAAGGCUCCCCUGGGGUGGUGGAUGAUGCCAAGUGCAUGGCCUUUGCGGAGCAGCCCCGCAGCACGCAGCCCUGCAACAUGCGACAGUGUGCGACGUGGAGCACAGGGCCCUGGUCGGAGUGCUCAGCUAGCUGUGGAGAGGGCGUUCAGACCCGGACUGUCACCUGCAGAACCGAGUUGGGCUCUCAGACUCAAGACUUUGCCUGCCUGACAGAGCCUAAACCACUCCUCAGCCAGCCCUGCAGCAAGGAGAAUUGCAUCCAGAAAAUUGGUUGGCACAUUGGAGCCUGGGGCCUGUGUUCGAAGAGCUGCGACUCAGGCAUCCGAACACGCCAGGUCAUCUGUGCUGAUGGUGAUUCCAAAUUCUACCCCCCUGAGACGUGCAAGGCCAGCCAGCCACAGACCCCCGCUGUGCUGGGAAGCUGCAACAUUCAGCCCUGCUAUCUGCCACAGCAGGUUCCCAGUAUGCAGGACACCACAGGCUAUGACAUCAGCCGAGAGUACUUGCUGACCCGCUACUACCCAGACAGUGGCACAACAGUUUAUAGCAAUGAAAGAACAAUCCAAGGUAGCGCCACACACCACCAGCUCCAGCCCAGUGAAGAUCAUAGCUCCAACUUCUUGCCUCUUCGUUGGGAAUCCCACUCAAGCUCUUCAGGAUCCCGGCAGUUCGGCUCCCAUCAGGAUAUUGCCACAGGGACUGGCCCUCGGGACUGCAGCCAGAGCCCUCAUGGCUGCUGCUCAGAUGGUCACACUCCGGCUUCUGGCCCCUUUGGGCAAGGCUGCCCCUUCAGCACAUGCCAUCAGAGCAGGUAUGGAUGCUGCCCUGAUGGAAUAUCAGCUGCUCAGGGCCCCAACAAUGUGGGUUGCACACAAUAUUACAGUGAUGUUUAUGUGAGCAGAAACAGGCCCGCUGCAGCCUCCCCAACGGCAAGCCAAGCUUUGUCCCAGCAGAACCCGUCUGAUGAGUGUCGAGGUUCUUUGUAUGGCUGCUGCUAUGACAACAUUGCUUCAGCUUCGGGACCUCAAGGGGAAGGAUGCCUCAACAGACCCAGCCAACCUUAUCCUGUCAAGUGUCUGCUGCCCAGUGCCCAGGGCCCCUGCACAGACUGGACCACUCGCUGGUACUUUGUAACUGCUGUUGGCAAGUGCAACCGGUUCUGGUAUGGUGGUUGCCAUGGUAACACAAACAACUUUGCCUCAGAGGAGGAGUGCAUGAGGGCCUGCCAAGGCUCCAUGGGAACAAGCAGUGUGGGGCACCAGCACCACAGGGGGACUUUGCACAUCCACUCUGGCUCCCAUCCACGAGAGGGAGAAGCCCAAGGACACCCGCAGCCAUCUGCAAGAGGAACUGAGAGUCAUAGCCGAGGAGGAGGAACACGAGGGUCCUUUCACGUUGCCCAACCUGGGCCUGAUAGCCAUACAGCAUGGCAGGGCACAGGGCUGCACCACAGGGAGAAUGGCUGGAGAAGGACCAUGAAUGUGGAUAUACUGCCAGAGUCUUCACAGAGGAAUGGCACAUUGGUUAGCCAGCGCUUGGGCUCUCAUCACUCUGCAGCUCCUGGGGAAAGGAGGACGGACCAAUCAAGCCAGCUGCAUGGGAGAGGGGAAACAAUGGUGUCUGGGCACUUGGAGAGGCAGCUAACUGUCAAUGGGCAGGUGGUGCAGCAUGAACAUGAGCAGUGGCGGAGUCCCUCUGAAGCAGACACUCCUGGGGAGGAUGGACUUGGGCAUCGAACCUCACCAGGUUCCACCUUGCAGCGAAGCUUGUACAGAGUCAUCCUGGAAGGAGCUGAGUCCUCUGUAGUGGAGGCAGCCUUGGGACAGACCAUUCAUCUUCUCUGCAAGGCUGGUUCUUCUCCCUUCCCCAGAAUUGAGUGGCAGAAAGAUGGGAAGCCACUAUCAUCUGACAGGCAUGCCUACCAGUCUGACAGUUCCUUGGUGAUAAGCCGUGUCAGAGCUGAGGAUGCUGGGAUGUACACAUGCAUAACUUCAAAUGGGAAGAUGGAGAGCAGACAGAUUCAGCUAAGGAUCAAAGAGGACCGUGGAUCUCCUCUGACAGAGGGUAUUAGAGGUCGGCUCCUUCAUGGUUUGAAUCACCAACACAGAGAUCUCACCAGAGGAGUUAAUACUGUACAGUCACCUGCUUCGUCUGUACACCAGCCGCUCAUGUACAGAUUAAUAAUGGAUAAGAAUGAUCCUUCGGUGGUGGAUGCCAACAUUGGGGAGCGAGUCAGACUGCCCUGCGGAGUAAAAGCCUCACCUGCUUUAACCAUUGAGUGGCAGAAGGAUGGGCAGCCUGUCUCCUCUUCCAGGCACAGGCAGCAGUCAGAUGGUGCCCUGGUGAUCAAUCGUGUUGGCUCUGAAGAUGCUGGCUUCUUCACCUGCAUCGCUUCGAACGGCCGUGACCAGGAUCAACGGCAGGUCCAGCUUCGGACUCUAGGAGAGCUGAGGAUCACAGGUCUGCUGCCAAGCCUCACUGUGUCUGAGGGAGAAAAUGCCCAGCUCCAGUGCAUGGUGGUAGGCAACAAUGUGAACGUAAGAUGGUCAAGGAAUGGAGUUCCAAUGCGAGCAGAUGGUCACCGCAUCCACCUGUCACAGGACGGAAGCCUGAUUAUAAACAACGCUCGGGCCAGUGACGACGGAUCCUACACAUGCAAUGCCUACAGAGGGAGCAACUCUGUCAGUGCCAGCACCGAGGUGAAAGUGAUCAAGAGCAGGCCUGAAGCUGUGGACCUGACCAGCGAGUGUGUUGACCAGCCACACCUUGCCAACUGUGAUCUGAUCUUGCAGGCCCAGCUCUGCACUAAUGAGUAUUACUCCAGCUUCUGCUGUGCCAGCUGUUCUCAGUACCAACCCCAGGACAACCCUGUUCGCCACCAGGGAUGA